UUUGACCUGAACCAUGUCGAUGCUCCCAAAGACGCCUAGCAGACAUCGAACUCGCUCGGAUGCGAGAACUCCUUUGACUCCUUCUCUUAUGUCUGGAAUGAACAAUGUUUCCCUUGCCAGCUCUCCCUCUAAAAGGAAGGCGAAGACAAGCUCGAAGUCCUCAUCAGGACCGUUCGACACGUCCAAUCCCUUCGUCAAUCCUCCGUCUAUCCGACCAUCCCGACCUCAAUCGCGAGGUUCAAGAUCACGCCCAGCCUCACCAAUCAAGGCUGUUUCCUAUGGUAAUUCGUUACAGGUGUCGGAUGAUCUCAGCAGGCAGGCGGGUGGUGGAGUGAUACGGAAGGGGGGUGUGGAAAGUCGGUUGGAUGUUGUUACACGAGACUUGAAUCCCAAUGUUAUUAAACAACCAGAAAUUAGAAGAUCUCGUUCAACGCCCGCUGUCAACCGCGACACUAGAGAUCGCUUCAUCACUACGAGGGAUGAGGGUGUGGAUAGCGUUACUGCCACGUUAGAUCAAAUGAACUUGGGAACUCAGAACGCAUCACCUGGCCACACCGCUCGGUUAAUCAAAGCCACUGGUGUUCCAGUGAACCGCCGUAUUCUAGGUUAUCAUGAACAGCCCCCAGCUCCUUCUUCUGACCACACUUUAGCCCAACAGCGCGAGUUUGCCAAACCUCUCUAUGCCCGCCCCGAUACCGUCCCAACAUCCACUGGUGCAACGAAGACUCGAAAGAUACCCACUCAACCAGAAAGAGUUCUUGAUGCACCAGGAAUGGUCGACGAUUUUUAUCUGAACCUCCUUAGUUGGAGUUGCCAGAAUACUGUCGCUGUCGCUCUCGAGUCAUCUACUUACAUCUGGAGGGCCGACACCGGGAGCGUUGUCCAGAUGGGCGAGGCUCCUGAGGGCUCCUAUGUCUCUAGCGUGGAUUUCUCGAAUGAUGGGGCGUUCCUGGGCAUUGGUAUUGGCAAUGGCGAUGUCGAGCUCUGGGAUGUUGAAAGUGGACAGAAACUGAGGACUAUGAGUGGCCACCAAUCUCAGAUCGCUGUUCUCUCAUGGCAUGAACAUAUUCUUAGCUCAGGGUGCGGAGAUGGCAGUAUCUGGCAUCACGAUGUACGUGUUCCCCGCCAUAAGGUCAUGGAACUGUUAGGGCACAGUGGAGAAGUAUGCGGACUAAGGUGGAGGAGUGAUGGAGAGUUGUUGGCGAGCGGUGGUAAUGAUAAUGUGGUGAAUAUCUGGGAUGGAAGACUCGGUGAUGUGGCUGAAGGUACCAGAGGAACUGCGAAGUGGACGAAAAGAAAUCACACCGCUGCGGUGAAGGGACUUGCUUGGUGCCCAUGGCAGCCUAAUUUGUUAGCCACUGGGGGAGGAACGAACGAUGCUACAAUGAACGUUUGGAACAGUACUACCGGCGCGAGGCUUCACACUCUCAAAACUCCUUCACAAAUCACAUCAUUGAUCUGGUCCCCACAUAAAAAAGAGCUAUUAUCUACGCAUGGCUACCCAACUAAUUCGAUUAUGGUGCACGCUUAUCCCAGCAUGGAUCGUGUUGCUGAAAUUCGUGAUGCUCACGAUUCACGGGUAUUGUUCAGCUGCAUCGGGCCAGCAGGGGAUGUCGUUUGCACGGGUGCUGGAGAUGAAAAUCUAAAAUUCUGGAGGAUCUGGGACGCUAACGAGGCUCCUAAGAAGAAGAAAGACGUUUAUGGUUUUGUUGAAAGGAGAGCGAAUUCUACGAGCUCAGGACAUCUGGCUAUCAGGUAAAUUGCCCGCGUACCAGCUAUCUAUGCCUUGGACCUACAUAUAUACGUUUUUAUCGAGAUGUUUUGUUACUCGGAAUCUACAAUGGCAUUGGAGGAUAAAACGUUA